CCUCCUCCUCACAAAUCUCUCUCAACUUCUUUUAACCUAAUCACACUAAAAAGUAAAAAGCCUCCUCCUUUCUUUGAGGCUAGCCUUCUUUUAAAUUUGAUGAAAGUAGUAGAUACAACGUUAUAAUAAAAAAAAAAAAUCAGGACGUGUGUAGAUAUGGCUGCCGAGGGAGGUGUUCUUGAUGCUCAGGCUUUUGUGGAAAAGUACUAUCGUAUUGUUGGGACGAUGACUCAUGCAGCUCAUAAACUUUAUGCUGAUGCUAGCCUUGUCACCAGACCAGGACCUGAUGGUACUACGAUGUCUUUUUCAUCCGCCGAGGCUAUCAAGAAGCACUACCUUUCCUCUUACUAUGAUGGUACUACAUUCGAUGUGCUGAGUGUUGACACUCAGAGUUCGUUGGGAGAUGGGUUGUUCAUCAUGGUUGUUGGUUUCUUGACUGGUAAAGAUAACCUCAAGAGGAAGUUUUCCCAAGCGUUUUAUCUUGCACGUCCCAACGGUGUCUAUGCUGUCGUCAAUGACAUUCAUCGUUUUGUUGAUGAGGAAUCUUCUACCCCAAGAGCUCUUCCAGCUGCUGUAUCUGUGUCAGAAGUUGCAAAGCCAGUUGCACAGGUCCACAAAGCCACCAAGAAGAAGAAGUCUGUUAAUGUUGCUGAGGUUAAGAAGGUGGCUACUCCUGAAACAUCAGUUACUGCUCAGAAACCUAAACAGCCGGUGGCUGAAACAUCAGCUACUCCUCAGCUUGAUGGAGCCAAUAAAUCUUUUGCUUCCAUGGUUCUAUCAAUGUCGAGAAACGCUGCCCCCCUCCAAGUUAAAGCAGCCCCGGUUCAGAACCCUAGUUCCGUGGCACAACCCAAACCCCAUGUAGCUCCAGCACCUGUAAAGAAAAGUGACCACAAGAUGGUUGACGAACCAGGCACAUCGAUAUUUGUGUCAGAUCUGCCAAUGGAUGCAAGGUGGUCUCAAGUCUCUGAGCUGUUCAAAGGUUUUGGCACCAUCAAAGAACAUGGAGUUCAAAUCAGACACUCCCGGGAUAGUGGAAGAUGCUUUGCCUUUGUUGCCUUUGAGUCUGUUGCUUCUGUCCAGAGUGUGCUUAAGGCUGCCAAGAGCAAUCAGUUCAAGCUUGGGGAUCAUAAGCUUCGUGUAAGGGAAAAGCAAGUUGCUUAUGAUGGAAGCAAACCUUAUGGUGUGAGAAGUGAAGGUCUAAGCAUGAGUCAGAGCGGCUCUGUAGAUGGAGGCUCUGUAGAUCAUCUACAGAGCAAGACUCAGAAUGGGUCUGCAGAUGGAAGCAAGACUGAGAAUGGCUCUGUAGCUGGCGAAGAAGAUGGCUACACGCUGGUCAGAAGCCGUAGGAACAGAAGAGAGAAACAUUGAAGACUGUUUGAAACAGACAAGAAUACUAGAACAGUUACAAUUUUUUUUUAUAGAAGGGUUAUUUGAAGAGAUAGGGGAAGAGCGUGCAACUUGAAAUUGUUUCGGCAUCACAGAGUCGCAUCUCUUUUAUUCUUUUUACAGUCUUUUUUUGUUCUACUUCUUAUGGGACUCGACAUGAGUCUUAUGUUCUUUUCUCUUUUCAGUCAUACAAUUUUCCGCCCUUUUUUGCUUAUUUUC